CUUGAGCCGCACCGUGGCCAACAUCGCAUCGCAAGAACGGACGCUGAUCCAUCCAUCGAACUUUGUCUGUGGUAACAUAACAUUUUUGCAUAUUACGUUUUGUUCGUAAGAAUAAAGACGGUGAGCGUUUGUGCCUGCGCUAGAGUUUAAAUCGUAUUGUUUUUCCGAGUGAAGUUUGAGACGGACAAAUUGUGCAAAAGACAAUGAAGGAAGGCUUUUUUGCUCUUUAAACAUAAUCAAGUAAUCGCAGUCUCAUCUUUCAAAUACCACACCGCAUCAUCUCAACAGGCAAAAUUUGUGCCUGGACUGGAUUUGAGAAAAUGUUUUAAAAAGUUUGUUGCACGAAUUGCGGUGCAAUUAUCGCAAAAAAAUUCAUGUGUAUCAUUGUGUAAACCCAAGAUUUAAGUAAUACAUACAUAACUUUGAAUACUUGUACUUUUCUGGUGCACACAUAAUUGUAGUGACAUCCAGUUUUAAAAUGUCUCCUUCCUACCAACAACACCUCUCUAAUUAACCCAGUAAGCACAUACACCGACACGGAGUUGGCUACCUGUACGUACGUAGCUCAUUAAUUACAAGGAACGGAAAAUAAUUUAAUUUGCCUGUUUUUAAAGCCUCGAGCAACCAAACUGUUUAAAACUUGCUCCCUCAACAAAAUACAUACGCAUGUACAUACACUCAUCCAUAUUACAUAAAUAUGUACGAAGAGAGUGCAUGCAUUUAAAAUCCGGCUCCCACAAGCACGCUUCCGUUCCGUAAAUAAGUGCGAGAGCCUUUCCAACAACAAAGUGAAGGAGUGUAAUAAUGGAUUGGAUUCGGAAAUAAAUUUCCAUCGUAAUGCAACAUUGUUCUUCAAAUAGCUUUUUACUCAUUUCAUUUGGUGAAGUGUAAAAUUUGGCAAUUUAAAUUUAAUGAUUUUAUUCUCAAGAGAGCUGAAAAAGUGCAGUGCAGAUUCUACUACCUCUACGCAAAAAUAAAAUCAGCCUUGCACUUGAACAUAUUAAUUUGCACGGAGGAAGUAUGAGAAACGUGAUUUUCUUUGAAAAAGUGAACCCGUUAUUACAUUUCACUCUACACGAGGAGGAGGAGGAAGCGUAACGUGAAUUUUUAUGGAGGGUGGACACAGCGCAUCAAAGCCUGAAAUAACGACAUAACGUGAAAAAAGAGAGUCAGAGAUAUCCUAAAACUUUAAAUGUAACACUACUGACUGGUAUAUUUGCCCGAUUUCUGCUUCUUCUUACUAUUAUUUUAGCUACGAAAAUACAAGUGGUAUAAAUCUACCGUAUUUAAUACAUCCCUGUCGACGUCAUAUAUUAAUUUGCAGACAACUUAUUACAGCAUUAUUUCAUAUACAUAUUUACUACUCCCCUCCUCACCUCGUCGUUCUGGACCACAGAGUUCUUUCUUGAAGAAAAAGUUACAAAAAAACUCGAACAAUUCUUAAAAAGUUGAGAAGCUCAUGAACAAAACAGAAUAAUUAUGACGAGAAAAUCUGCAAGGUUUAUUAUUAUAUCAAACCACUGAAUCAAGAACCAGACCUGCAGAUAAUAGCGUACAUACAAGAUAAAACUAUGCCUCUGCUAAUUCCCACUAUAAUAAUACCAGUGGUAAUCUACAAUUAGUUGAUUUGCUUUAACUAUUUGCUAAUUACGCGUACCGUUUGAAACUACGUUAUAAAGUCAACAAUUGCGAAAAAUCUAGAAAACAUACAAUGAAAUUCUGAAGAAAUCUUUCAAAUUUAAUCCGAUUAUUAUUGUUCACGUGCAUACAUGUGUGUGUACAAAUGCUAAUAAUAAUAAUAACAACAAUAAUGUAACAGUCUGCGGACAUUUUUUACCAGUCAAGUCAAGACACACAAGUAAGUGCAACUAAUCAUAAUUUUUCCCACGGACUCAACGGGACAGAUUUUUUCCUUUGUUAUUGUGCAUUGUUAAUGUCAUCCACGAAUGAAUGCUUAAUGUGCUUUAGUCGUCCUGUCGUUCGUAUGGGAUUGUUAAUGUUGCGUAAUAAAGUCCUCGGUCCAUUAAGCUCAACGUUACAAGUUAACUCGCCGGUAAACUUUUUCUAAAAAAAGUGAAACAGCAAAGUGUUGAGUGUCUGGGAAAUUAACUGUACUUGCACAUUUGCCAAAGAAAUUAAAAGCUAUGCACCAUUGUUACUCGGGACUCGAGUCGCCAUUCAGGAAGAAAACAAAUGCCAGUGUGAAUUUUUGUGGCGUAAUUAUUUUUAUUCAAACCUAUAAUAAGAAAUUAUAGGUUCGAGUUUGGCGUGUGUGUGCACGUGAAUUUCAAUGAAUUAACCCUUCCGGGCUAGAUUAUUGUACGAGUAGCUUGCAAUUCAUGUGAGAAGAUCCAUGCAAACUACAGAUACGGACGGAGAACGGGAAUAAAUAGCAGUCUUACAAGAUUAUAAGACUAAGAGACAGAUGAGAGCGGAUAUAAAAUAAUCAAGUGAUUGAUGACUUGUUAUGUGCACUAUUUAUUAUUAGCAUAAUGAGUGAUACGUAAUAAUAAUAAAUGCAUCUCGAAAGAACCGUACGACUACACUUUGUUCAAGGAAAUGUAGAAAUUAAGCGAGGUGUGAAUGAAUAAUUGUUACAUUUUUUAUUGAGAUGAGACCCAACGGACAUGCCAGGACGAAUGGGACAUUGCCCAACGGUGGGAUCAACCGGCCACGAGUAAACGGUCAUGGCCCAGUCCACCAUGGGAAUGGGACUACUCGACCAGAAGAGCGAAUUACCAGUUUAUCCAGGUUUUGGACAACUGAGAGAAAUGCGACUGUGAAUAAUAGAAUCCCGACGCCAUACGCCAAACUCAAGAGACAGUGUCUCGAGCGAGCGGUGAUAUGGGAAGAUCCAGAUUUCACACCUUCAUAUAAAUUAUUGCCAAAAAAUAAAAAGUUACAGCAUCCAAUUGUAUGGUUGAGACCUCACGAAUUAACGCCACAUCCCCGAUUUGCGGGGGAACAGCCAUGGAAAGUGCAAUUAGAGAUGGGAUUACAAGGGGAUAUUUGGUUACUUCUGGCUUUGACCACCCUCUCUACGACGCCACGACUCUUGGAAAGAAAUGUACCCUUGGAUCAAACAUUUGGAAGUGGAUACUGUGGCGUUUUUAGAUUUCGGUUCUGGCAAUUUGGUCAGUGGGUGGAGGUCUGUGUCGAUGACAGGUUACCUGUAUGUCGGGGUCGGCCUGUCGGAAUAUGUUGCUCGGAUCCAUCACUAAACGAUUUUUGGCCAGCUUUAAUGGAAAAAGCGUAUGCCAAAUUUUACGGUGGUUAUGACCGACUGAACGAUGGGAGUGGUGCUCGGGCGUUGCAAGAUUUAUCUGGUGGAAUCGUACAAUCUUUCAAACUCGGAGCGCAGGACCGAUACCUAACUUACCAAGUCUUAAAUUCCGCCGUACCUCGCAGUAGCCUGAUAGUUGCGUCCAUUUUACCGGAUCGUGAACGACGAGCCCUAAAACUUCGACACGGCUUGGUCACGCAUUCCUCGUACGAUAUUACGGGGUUAGCUCGGGUUCGCGAUACUGGAAAUGGGUCAACCACGAUUGGAGAAACACCACUUGUCCGACUACGUGGACCGUUUGGAAGGAAUCAGUGGGUUGGGCCGUGGUCCGAAAGGUCGAUGGAGUGGGAAGCACUGCCCGAAAGGGAUAAAGAAAUUUUGUCAGUGAGAACGAGGGCCGAUGGAGAGUUUUGGAUGUCGUUUGUGGAUUUUGCGAGAAAUUUCACUAACCUGGAAUUAGUUCAUAUAGGCCCCGACGACUGGUUAAUAGAAAAAGAGCUUCAACCGAGAAAACCUUGGCGUGCCGUGCUAGCCAAGCGGCGGUGGCGACUGGGAUACAAUGCUGGAGGGGGUCCUGAUCACGAAUCCUUUACAGCAGUGAACCCACAAUUCGUCAUUCAAAUCCCGAGGGGGGCAACCACCAAGUGCCAUGUGGUCGUCGCAAUAACUCAGCAGUACGGCCCAUCUUUUGAGAACCAAGUUACACAUGCAAAUCAGUUCAACAAAGAUCAGAAAUCUUCAAAUAGUAGUUUUCAUGCCAUCGGAUUCGCCGUGUAUGAAGCCCGACCCAACAUGAACCGCAUCACCACACAGUUUGUUAUGGAAAACCGUCCUUUAGAUGUGACUCAACAUUCUAUUAGUCGAGAAGUCGCCACGUUUUUUGCACUUCCGCCAGGAGAAUAUGUGAUCAUUCCGCAGACGAAACAACCGAAUUGUGAAGCAAGGUUUUUAUUAAGAAUUCUAACCGAUGAACAAAGCAAUAUUUGGGAAGUAAAUGAAGAUAAUCUUCUGUACAGAAAUUUCACGCUUGACAGCUUUGACAACAAUUUCAGCACGGCUGACACUCGGAAUCUUAUAAUCCGUUGGAAUACGAGAUUUCCACAGGAAAUAGAUGCCGUCCAAUUUCGUCGCUUGCUUAAAACUACAAAUUGGAAAACCUGGCUUUGGACUAAGCCCACGUUAGAAGUUUGCAAAAGUAUUAUAAUGUUGAGAGACUCCAACAUAAGUGGUCGCCUGUCCAUGAAAGAUAUGCCAGCCUUGCUUAACAUGCUUCUCUUUUGGAAGGCCGCUUUUCUUAAGUGGGACAAAGGGAAGAGUGGGCGGACGAGCAGCUACAAUUUGCGUGGGAUGCUGUGGGAAGCGGGAGUGGGUGUGUCCAACAAAGUCUUGGAAUGUCUGGUGCUACGAUUUGCUCGAGAUGCAGUUCUUUCUUCGGAAUGUUUUGUGUUGGCAAUGUUGAGACUCCAUUUGGCACAUGAGAGGUAUCACGCUCUCGACACUAAAACGAAGUCAAAUCCACUAUCUUUAGAAGAGAUGAUUCUAAUGACAAUUUACUCCUGAUUGAUAUUCCACCUCGUUUACAUUCAACCACAAAAGAGUGAAUUCUUUCACCGGAUGCUACUUACGCCAAUAUUAGUCUAAUACGAUAACGUUAAAAGUUAAGAAAUAUAUUUUUUGUACGGGUAGCGUUAAUAUGAAGCCUAGUCAAUAACCUGUCCAAAAUUUGGACUCCAAAUUAUGAAAAGUACAUGCCUAAUAAAGAAAUCGAUCGCUAAAGUCA